AUGCAAGUCGGUUCACAUAUGAUAGGGGCUCAAGAUUCCAGCGUAGUCGCAGAAUUUUACGCGACUCGAGCAGAAGCUGAGCUCAAUCCAGUUCUUGAAUACCUCCGGUUUGAAGCCAUUUUGAAAGGUUCACCCCCUCGUGAUAUUUCCGAAGCCAGAAUAAGGAGAAUGUGGCAGAUACUCGCACUCGCUGAGGACAAUGGGUGGAUCGGCUCCUUGAAAGCCGGACGAGCCGUUGACUUCUGGAUCUGGUGUGGGCUGAAGCCGGAACGAUGGGCCUUCGUUCCGGAUCAAGGCCUAUGGGAAGAGUUCUCAGAGGAAUGCGGGCUGUAUAAAUACAAAGAUUACCCCAAUGCAAGAACGCAGGAAUUGUCUGAUCUGUCCAUGUGGACGCCUCCAAAACUUGGGGUCACGAGAAUGCCUGAAUAG